AUGGCGGCCAAGGAGCACUUCGACUACCUCGUCAUCGGCGCCGGCAGCGGCGGCAUCGCGAGCGCGAAGCGCGCGGCCCAGGUCCACGGCAAGAAGGUCGCCGUCGUCGAGCGCGGCGCCCUCGGCGGCACCUGCGUCAACGUCGGCUGCGUGCCCAAGAAGGUCAUGUUCAACGCGGCGCACAUCAUGGAGUGCCUGCACGACGCGCCCUUGUACCAGUACUCCGGCGCGGAGGACGUCAAGCUCGACUGGGGCAAGCUGAAGACGGCGCGCGACAACUACGUCGUGCGCCUCAACGGCAUCUACGGCCGCGGGCUCGACGGCGCGGACAUCACGACGCUCACGGGCCUGGCGUCCUUCGGCGACGACGGCGAGGUCAUGGUCGGCGGCGAGGCCUACACGGCGGACCACGUGCUCGUGGCCGUGGGCGGCGUGCCGUCGCUGCCGCUGGAGCUCGAGGGCGGCGAGCACACGAUCACGUCCGACGGCUUCUUCGAGCUCGAGGCGAUGCCGGAGAGCUGCCUCGUCGUCGGCGCGGGCUACAUCGCCGUGGAAAUGGCGGGCAUCCUCAACGCCCUCGGCUGCGACACGACGCUCGCCGUGCGCGGCGACAAGGCGCUGCGCGCCUUCGACGAGCUCCUGUCGACGACCCUCGACGCCGAGAUGAAGCGCGCGGGCAUGAAGAUCGCGACGGGAACGACGCUCGCGAAGGUCGAGCUCGUCGACGGCAAGAAGGUGGUCACGACGACGGACGGCGCCACGCUCGGCCCCUUCGACGAGGUGCUCAUGGCCGUGGGCCGCAAGCCCCUCGUCGAGCCGCUGAAGUUGGAGAACGCGGGCGUCGACCUGAACGACGAGGGCUACGUCGCCGUCGACGAGUACCAGCGCACGACCUCCGAGCACAACGUCUACGCCCUCGGCGACGUCUGCGGCGCCAUCGAGCUCACGCCCAUGGCCAUCGCCGCGGGCCGCCGCCUGAGCGACCGCCUGUUCGGGGGCCCCGAGUGCGCGAACGCGAAGGCGGACUACGAGGGCGUGCCGACCGUCGUCUUCUCGCACCCGACCAUCGGCACCAUCGGCCUCACGGAGGCCGAGGCGCUGGAGAAGUACGGCGAGGCCAACGUCAAGGUCUGGACGUCGACCUUCGUCAACCUCUGGUACGGCCCCAUGCCCAUCGACCCGUCCGACAAACCGAAGACGGCGAUGAAGCUCGUCACCGCGGGCGCCAACGAGCUCGUCGUCGGGCUCCACGUCAUCGGCCUCGGCGCCGACGAGAUGCUCCAGGGCUUCGGCGUCGCCAUGAAGAUGGGCGCGACGAAGGCCGACUUCGACAGCUGCAUCGCGCUCCACCCGACGGCCGCGGAGGAGUUCGUCACGCUCGCGCCCUGGGGCCAGGGCGCCGGCGACAAGAUGGGCGACCGCUCGGCGGCCCCGACGCCCGUGCUCCACUAG